GGUGCUCAUCUCUACCCAAAUUUGGAGAUUCUUGAGAGAGAGAGAGAGAGAUGAGAGGAGUUGUGUUGGUGAUAAUUGCAGCAUCUCUUCUAAUGGGUUGCACCAAUUUAGCUUUAGCUGAGAAGGAUCUCGGGGUCAUGCAUGUAGGUGGAAAGGUAUUGUGCCAGGAUUGCACUCAGGGCUGGCACGAAUGGGCUCAUGGUGGCAAGCCCAUCAAAGGUUGCAAGGUGUCAGUAACAUGCAUGGAUGAUAGAAGUAGAGUUAUGUAUUAUGCGAGUGACAUUACCGAUGAAUUGGGCCAAUUCGACAUCAUUGUAAACAAGCACAUACAUGGGAAGGAACUCAACCCCAAGCUAUGCUCUGUGAGAUUAGUGUCGUCGCCAGAACCAACUUGCAACAUUCUCACAGACUUUGCCGGUGGCCGGCGAGGAGUGAAGCUCAGCCUACCGACGUUGGUGUACCGAGAUGUGAUUAAAUAUACGCUAGGCCCAUUUUACUUUACAAACCCAUUGUGUGAUGAACCCAAUAGUACCAACGAAUAAUCGGAUAAAUGGGUAAUAGCCAAGGAAUUGAAGCCACUGUUGAUGUUUCUGAUGGAAUAUCGUUCCUUCUUAAUUUAUUGUGUUUUCCUUCUUGAAAAAUUUAUAUACAUUUUCUAAUUACUUGCGACGACUUCAAA